GUGGUCAUUGAAGGGACGAACCAUUUUGAGAGCUGUGAGCAUUAGCACUGCCGUCUGUGAUCAGUUAACAGAUUAAAAUUUUGUUAAUGAACUACUGAGGAAAGCUUGAUGGUGAUUUUGAAGGAAAUGCUGUUAUUGUUCAGACACACAGAAAAGACAGCAUUUCCUUCUAAUGGAGUUUUGCUUCAUAUCCUGUUUGAGUCCGUCUCCUCCCUUGGCAUCAUCACCCUGACAUCCAGCCCUAACAUUCAAUGAAACACUGAUUCAAAGAACUUCUCAACAAUGGACAACUGUUCUGUUCUUCAUGUGCUUCUCAUGAUCUCCAUCAUGCCUGGCUGGCUUGGGGGUGACCUUAUAAUCUCAAGAAAACAGCAUGAGAUCCGUUUGAGUAAAGUCUCUCGUGGGUCCCAUCUGAGAAUGAGACGAGGCUGGAUUUGGAGCCAAAUAUUUGUUGAAGAAGAAGAUCCAACACCAAGGAAGAUUGGUCAGCUGAAAUCAGAUUAUGAUACAGGGGACUUUACUAUCAAGUACAUCCUGUCAGGUGAAGGAGCUGGUGAGAUCUUCAUCAUUGAUGAGUACACAGGUGACAUUCGCUCAUUACAGCCUCUGGAUCGCGAACUGAAGCCCUUCUACAUACUGCAAGCCCAGGCCAUCAACCGCAAAUCGAAACAGCCUGUUGAACCUGAAUCUGAGUUUAUCAUUAAAGUCCAGGACAUCAAUGACAAUGCUCCAGAAUUUAUCAAUGAGCCUUACGUAUCCAGCAUCCCAGAAAUGUGUCCAACAGGGACUACAGUUAUCCAGGUGACAGCUACAGAUGCAGAUGACCCUAUGUUUGGGAACAAUGCUAAACUCAUCUAUUCAAUCCUGCAGGGGGAGCCCUACUUCUCAGUGGAACCCAAAACAGGUAUAAUUGUGACGUCAUGGCCUGAUAUGGACAGAGAAGCCAGGGAGAUAUAUCUGGUUGUGGUUCAGGUGAAAGAUAUGCUGGGACUCAAUGGAGGCUACAGUGCCACAACCACCGUGACCAUUAGCCUAAUGGAUGUCAAUGACAACGGACCCACUUUCCAGCAAAAUUUGUACACAUUUGCUAUAUCAGAGUCAGCCCCAGUGGGCACCACAGUGGGAAGAAUAAUGGCAGAUGACAGUGAUGUUGGUCUGAACGCUAAAAUGAACUACAGCUUAGAGGAUCUUGAGGAGAGCAGCACCUUCACAAUCCAGACGGACCCUGACACUCAAGAGGGGAUUGUCAUACUGGCUCAGCCAUUGGAUUAUGAAAGCAAGAGGCGGUUUGUCAUUGCUGUAGAGGCCUUCAAUGAAAACAUAGACACACGUUUUCUGAGUGAAUAUGAGUUUCAUGACAGGACAACACUCAAAAUUACUGUGACAAAUGUGGACGAACCACCCAUCUUUUCCGAAACAUCUUAUAGCUGGAAAGUGCUAGAAAGUGCCCAAAUCAGCACUCAAGUUGGUACAAUCUAUGCUAGAGACACAGACACAGCCAACAACCCCAUAAGAUACAGCAUUUCAAAGAGCAGUGACACACAACAGAUGUUCAGAAUUGAUGCUAGUAAUGGGACAGUGUAUGUGGCCAACCGUUUGGAUCGAGAAACCACAGCCUGGUACAACUUGACCAUCAUCGCCAGAGAGAUCAGAGAUGAACAGCUGUCCUCCUCUGUGUCUUUACUCAUCACAGUCCUGGACGUCAAUGACAAUGUGCCUACCCUGUCACAAGACUAUCAGCCUUAUGUAUGUGAGGACACACAGGCAGGAGAGCUAAUUGAGUUGAUCAGUGCCACUGAUGCAGAUGAUCCUGUAGACGGCCAUCAUUUCUAUUUCUCCAUGAUCCCAGACAAACACAUCAACCCCAACUUCACCAUCAGAGACAACCAAGAUAACACAGCUAGCAUUUUGGCACGAAGGAGCACCUUCACCCAACAUGAUCACACACACUAUCAUCUUCCGGUGGUGAUCAGAGACAGCGGUUCUCCCAUUCUGUCCAGCACCACCACGCUCACCAUCAGGGUGUGUACGUGCCAGCCUACCGGUCACUGUCCAUCAGACGGUGUUGAAGCCCAGGCUCUCUCUCUGGACAUCAGCAUGCAGAUUUUACUUGGCCUGUCUGUUUGUCUCAUCACACUUGCAGUGCUGUCCACAUUAAUGCUAGCUCUGCGAAAAUACAAGACAUUACAGCAGGAGAAAAUGGCAACACAAGAGCUGGAAACAGAGGAGUUCUCUGAGAAAAUCUUGAGUUUUACAGUCCCAGAGUCCAGCCAAACAGUUCCUCUUCGGCAUCCGCGUCUGCGAGAGCGCAAGCUCUGUCGGGAAGAAGUCACCACCAGUAUCCGCAUGUCUCUACGUCACUCUCACCUCAUUGGACCAGAAGAUGGGGUCUUUCAACAGUUUAUUAUUGAUCGGCUGGCUGAGGCAGAUGAAGACCCUUAUGUCCCACCCUUUGACUGUCUGCACACAUAUGCCUUUGAGGGGACGGGGUCAAUCACAGGCUCACUGAGCUCACUGGAGUCUGUCACAUUUGACCCUUGCCUGAGUCAAACUCGUGAUGCGGGGCCUCAUCUCUUGCGGCUCUCACCAUGGAUGGGAGCAACAGAUGACGAGAUCUUAUUCUGACUUGAUGAGAAAAAUUGAUUCUCACUGUGGCUUUUAUGAUCAUACCUACUCUAUCUUGGAGUUACUGAACUGAAAAUUUAGGGGUUCAAAACAAAGAAGGAUCUUGAACCCUGUUCUUCUUCUUCUACUAUUACUACUUCUGACACUCUUUUGGCAUCAGAGAAUGUAUAUUGCAGAGACUAUAAAAUUGGUAUGAUGGUAUUAUAUCCCACCUAUACUCAUGUGUACAUCAUUUACCUCUGAUUUUAGGGAUAACCUAUGGGUGUGGAUAGGGUUAAGUUUAUGAAUAUAGUUUUUUAGUUAAUUAGUUUAGUUAAUUAUUUUCGGACAGGAAUGUUGUUCCACGACAUGCAUCAUACAUGCACAUAUGCUUUGUAUGAAUUAUCACACAGUAUAUGAACCAAGUUAUUAUAUUAUGUUUUAAAAACUAAAUUAAUGUUGUUUAGCACAAUAUAAACAUCUAAAUCUGAGCAGAUAUUAGUGUAAAGUAUUUUACACUAAACACUGGUCUAAACAUUCUUGACUAUAACAUUCAUGUUACAGUGUAGACAUUAAUAUUAUUUUUAAUAUUGUGAUAUAUAUAUAAUUUUUGUUAUAUCAUAGAGCAUAAAAUUUCAUCCCCAUUUCAUUUGACAUUUAAAUAAAAAGUUACCUAUUUCUGCCUAUAUGUUUCAUAUUUUGAUAUUUCCCUCAAUUUAACACAUUUAAGUCUGGCAAUAUAGUUGGGGAAAAGUAGUAAAAUUAUUACAUUCAUAUAAAAAUAAUACAUUAACUAAUGUAAGUAAGAAAUGAGUUACUAGACAGAAAUCUAUACUCUGCUGGAUCAAGCUGCAUCAGAUCGCAUUUUUCUUCCAAAGAAAAUUCUUAUUCCUCACAGCAUAUCUUCUUCCAAAAAUUAUGAAAAUUAGAUGAACCUGAUGAAGCUUUGUUUAUCGAGGUGAUGGGGACAUUUACAAUUACAUAUAUAUAUAUAUAUA